AUGUCGUCCCACGGAGGACUCCCCGACCCUGGGCAGGCGGCCCGGCCCGGCCUGGGCGUGUCCCGGGGUCUGUGGCCGGAGGCUCCUGCUCGAGGUCGGGGUCUCUGGGGAGCGCAGGGCCGUGACACCAUAGCUCGGGAUGGAGUCGUGGGCUCUAGGACGGGACGGCCGCCUGCGGUGUGCCGGGCACUGCGCAGGGAGCUCCGGAUGGGCCUGCGGGCCAGUUCCUGUCAGACGGCGCUGAGCGCCUCCCGACGGGAACGGCUGCUGGGCGGCAUUUCACGGGAAGACUUUCCCAAAGACCGUAGCUCUGAGAUGAACGAAGAUUCCUUCUUGACGUUGGAUGAGCCCAUGAACAACAUCACCACUUCUUUGGGCCAGACAGCCGAGUUGCACUGCAAAGUCUCUGGAAACCCUCCCCCGACCAUCCGCUGGUUUAAAAAUGAUGCCCCCGUGGUCCAGGAGCCCCGGAGGAUUUCCUUUCGAGCCACCAACUAUGGUUCUCGGUUGCGGAUAAGGAACCUGGACACUACAGACACCGGUUACUUCCAGUGUGUUGCAAGCAAUGGCAAAAAAGUGGUGUCCACCACUGGAGUCCUCUUUGUCAAGUUUGGUCCCCCACCCACAGCAAGCCCUGGAUCAUCGGACGAGUACGAGGAAGACGGCUUCUGCCAGCCCUACCGGGGCAUCGCGUGCGCCAGGUUCAUCGGCAACCGCACCGUCUACAUGGAGUCUUUGCACAUGCAGGGCGAAAUCGAAAACCAGAUCACAGCGGCCUUCACUAUGAUCGGCACGUCCAGCCACCUGUCGGAUAAGUGCUCCCAGUUUGCCAUCCCGUCUCUCUGCCACUACGCUUUCCCCUACUGCGACGAGACCUCGGCCGCCCCGAAGCCCAGAGACCUGUGCCGGGACGAGUGCGAGAUCUUGGAGAACGUCCUCUGCCAGACCGAGUACAUUUUCGCCAGAUCCAAUCCCAUGAUCCUCAUGAGGCUCAAACUGCCCAACUGCGAAGACCUGCCCCAGCCAGAGAGCCCGGAGGCUGCCAACUGUAUCCGGAUUGGCAUCCCCAUGGCUGACCCCAUCAACAAAAAUGAAGAAACGGAGGCCCAGAGCUUAAAUGACGUCGCUGAGGUCACACGAAUAGAAGCAGGUCUUUUGACAUCCAAAUCCAAAAGCUUUUCCAUUCAGCACAUUGACACCAUGAGAGAUGUUGUAGAGUCAUUCUCGCCACGUUUGGGUCGGACCAGAUCGCCUCUGAGGGCCAUUUCCUCGGGAAUUUCCUUGGGAGGGGGAGUCCCAGAUUGGACGUUUCGGUGGCCUUGCACUGACCGGUAUGAGAGCAAAGCCAAAGAGUUGCCUCUGUCGGCCGUGCGUUUCAUGGAAGAAUUAGGUGAAUGUGCCUUUGGAAAAAUAUACAAGGGGCAUCUCUACCUCCCGGGAAUGGACCAUGCCCAGCUGGUUGCCGUCAAGACCCUGAAGGACUUUAACAACCCCCAGCAGUGGGCAGAGUUUCAGCAGGAAGCCUCCCUCAUGGCGGAGCUCCACCACCCCAACAUCGUGUGCCUCCUUGGGGUGGUCACCCAGGAGCAGCCAGUGUGCAUGCUGUUUGAGUACAUGAACCAGGGCGACUUGCACGAGUUCCUCAUCAUGAGGUCCCCACACUCCGAUGUGGGCUGCAGCAGUGACGAAGACGGAACGGUCAAGUCAAGCCUGGAUCACGGCGACUUCCUGCACAUCGCCAUUCAGAUCGCGGCGGGGAUGGAGUACCUGUCCAGCCACUUCUUCGUCCACAAGGAUCUGGCCGCUCGGAACAUCUUAAUCGGCGAGCAGCUGCACGUGAAGAUCUCAGACCUGGGGCUUUCCAGGGAGAUCUACUCAGCGGACUAUUACCGUGUGCAGAGCAAGUCUCUGCUGCCCAUCCGCUGGAUGCCCCCCGAAGCCAUCAUGUACGGCAAGUUCUCCUCGGAUUCCGACAUCUGGUCCUUCGGCGUGGUCUUGUGGGAGAUCUUCAGCUUCGGACUCCAGCCCUACUAUGGCUUCAGUAACCAGGAAGUGGUGGAGAUGGUCAGGAAGCGGCAGCUCUUGCCGUGCUCAGAGGACUGCCCGCCCAGGAUGUACAGCCUGAUGACCGAAUGUUGGAACGAGAUUCCCUCGAGGAGGCCGCGGUUCAAGGACAUCCACGUCCGACUCCGCUCCUGGGAAGGGAUCUCCAGUCACACCAGCUCCACAUCCCCAUCUGGUGGGAAUGCCACCACCCAGACCACGUCGCUGAGCGCGAGCCCCAUCAGCAAUCUCAGUAACCCCAGAUAUCCCAACUACAUGUUUCCAGCGCAGGGGAUACCUCAGGGGCAGAUCGCUGGCUUCAUCGGCCCCCCCAUACCUCAGAACCAACGAUUCAUCCCCAUCAAUGGGUACCCGAUCCCCCCUGGAUAUGCUGCUUUUCCAGCUACUCACUACCAGCCCCAGGGGCCACCUCGAGUCAUUCAACACUGUCCCCCUCCCAAGAGCCGCUCACCCAGCAGUGCCAGUGGGUCCACGAGCACUGGUCAUGUGACUAGCUUGCCCUCUUCGGGAUCCAAUCAGGAGGCAAACAUCCCUUUGCUCUCCCAUGUGUCCCUCCCAAAUCAUCCAAGUGGAAUCGGCAUAACCGUUUUUGGAAACAAAACUCAGAAAGCUUAUAAAAUAGACUCGAAACAGCCAUCUUUACUAGGGGACUCAAAUAUUCAUGGACACACUGAAUCAAUGAUUUCCGCAGAACUGUAA